AUGCCGCCGAAUCUGAGAUGUGUUGUCGCGCAGGGAUGGAGAUCGACUCGGUCUCGCCGCAAUUUCUCUUCGUCGUCUGGUAGCAACGGAGAAACUGAAAGCUUCUACGAGGACUUGAAGUUGAGUGUAUAUCCUUCUUUCAAGACUUUUAAAUUUAUGACAUGGGCCAUGUAUGGAUAUGCAGGCUACGGUUUUACAGAAGUGUACCAGUUCUGCAAACUCUACCCAAAACUGAUUGAACUAAGAGAUUAUAAUUGGGAACAGGGAUGGAGAUCGUCUGGGUCUCGCCGCGAAUUUACUUCAUCGCGUGGUAGGCACGGAGAGACUGAAAGCUUCUACGAGGCCUUGAAGUCUCUGUACAAAAAUCCAGAUUCCAAGGGAUCGAUCGAGUUUAAGGAGAAGCUCACAGAACGAUUUCUUGCUGUGCUCACGGGACUUUUCGUAGGUUUUGCGACAAUCAAAACGCCUUCACGUAGAAUCGCUCGCCGCUUGGAAGAGGAGAUGAAAGUGUUUGAGGAGAUGCAAUCCAAAGGAGAUGAGCUGAGAUGA